GUGUGUUUUGCACACGCUCAAAGCUGCUCUCUGUAGUUGUUCUCUCAUCCACAGCCGCAGAGGAAAUUCACUUUCAGACUUCAAACUUUCAGAAGCAGCGUGUUUGUGUUUAAAUGAGUUUGUUUUCAGACGUGUGCGGGAAACGUGUUUUACGAGAAUCUGAACUCAUCUGUUGGAUUUACAGUUUUAGGAUCCGUGUUUGUUCGCUGCUGAUGUUUACUGUGAUCGCCAUCAUCAGUCGGUUUGAUCUAAUCUAAUUUUAAUCGUUUAACCGGAGCAAGACUGACGGACCGACACUGAAAACAGAUGCGGAUCCCGAACGGGUUGACUUCUGAUGGAGCUGUUUGUGCAUUUAUAAACGAGAACAUUUUGAAGCUGUGCGAAAGCAACGGAGCUGGAAACCAACCCCGAGAGCGCUGAACAGAGUCAUGUUUGGUUUGAUCUGUGUCUCGUGUUCUGUUCCGGUCUGAAGAGCGCUGAAGAGUCACUGAAGGAGCCUUUAACUGUUUGUUUGUUUGUUUGUUUGUUUGUUUGUUUGUUUGUCUGGUCAUGUGUUCACUGAAAGCUCUUCAGGACUGGUGUGGAGAUGUUUGUGAAGGUUACUCUGAUGUUCUCAUCACAGACAUGAGCUCUUCAUUCACAGAUGGACUGGCUUUCUGUGCCAUCAUCCACAAACACAGACCUGAUCUACUAGAUUUUCACUCCCUGUCCAAACACAACAUCUACGAGAACAUGCGUCUGGCGUUUGAUGUUGCGGAGCGUGAGCUGGGAAUUCCUGCUCUUUUAGAUCCAGAUGAGCUGGUGUCUGUGGAGAAGCCGGAUCUACUGUCCAUCAUCACAUAUGUCUCUCAGCUCUACUGUUUCUUCAGAGGAAACUCUUACGUCAGUCAGAAGAUUUCAGUGAACAAAGAAUCCAGCAGCAUCAAAACACAAGAACAGACCUGCACUCAGUUCUCAUCAGAUGUGGUCAGAUCUUCAGAUAAAAGUGUCUGUAGUGUCUGUCACACACGUGUUCAUCUCAUUCAGAGGGUUUUGGUGAAGGGACAACUGUAUCACCGCUCCUGCUUCAGAUGCAGUCGCUGUCGUCGCUCUCUGCUGCCGAUCUCUUUCACAGUGAACAGUGAGAUGGGUUCACUGCAGUGCAGUUAUCCCUGCAAACCUGCUUCUGGUCUUGACGGGCCUGCAGAUCUAUACUCACAGAACAACACCAGUGAGAUGGAUGGAGACAGGAGUGAGAUUGACAGAGACAGGAGUGAGACGGAUGGAGACAAUGAGACGGACGGAGACAGGAGUGAGACAGAUGGAGACAGGAGUGAGAUGGACAGGGACAGGAGUGAGACGGAUGGAGACAAUGAAACAGACAGAGACUGGAUUGAGACGGACGGAUACAGGAGUGAGACAGACAGAGACAAGAGUGAGACAGAUGGAGACAAUGAGAUGGACGGAGACAGGAGUGAAAUGGACUUCUACAGGAGUGAGACGGACAGAGACAUGAGUGAAAUGGAUGGACACAGGAGAGAGACGGACAGAGACAUUAGUCAAAUGGACGGACACAAAAGUGAGACAGAUGGAGACAGUAAUGGGGUGGACAGAGACAGAAGUGAGACUGACGGAGACAGGAGUGAGACGAACGGAGACAAGAGUGAGACGGACAGAGACCGGAGUGAGACGGAUGAAGACAAAAUGGAUAAUGGACGUCUAUCUACCUCAUUAGAGACUGACAUACAAGAACCUCCCAAACCUGCUCCCAGAAGGAGGGCGGAGCCUCAGGACCCUCUUUGCCCCACCCCCAGAUCAGCAGAUCAUCGCCCUGAAAACGUGUCGUCUCAGAGCACUGUCCGUAAGGAACAUCCCUGGAUGAAGCUGGUUGAUCCGGGUCCUUGGUCUCAUCUUCCUCCGGCUCCAUCCUCUCAUUCCCGCCACUGGCCCAUGACCUUUAACCCCUUCUUGCAGGACAAGUCCAAGGAUGAAGAGAAAAACCCUAUCAGCUGCAAAGCCUCAGUUGCACACAAAACCUCAUCUUCAGUUCCCAGCAUGCACCAGGCUGCAGCUUCUGUUCAUGGUUUCCCGCUGAUCAAGAGGAAGGUGAUCACAGACACACGCGUGUCAGAGAAGCAGGUGUGUGCGGAGCAGAAGAAGCUGGAGGAGCGUCUCCUGGAGCUGGAGAGGAGAGGAGUGCAGCUGGAGACUGAGAUGAGGAGAUGCACCAAUGAGAAUCUUCUAGUUGACUGGUUCCUUCUGGUUCAUGAGAAGAGCAUGUUAGUGCGCAGAGACACAGAGAUGGUGUAUAUGGUGAAGCAGCAGCGUCUGGAGGAUCAACAGGCCGAUGUGGAGUUUGAGAUCAGAUGCCUCUUUAACAAACCAGAGCAGGACUGGAGCUCUGACGACAAACAUCAGGAACAUCUGCUGAUGUCACGCCUGCUGUCAAUCAUCCAGCAGAGGAAUGACAUCAUCAGCAGCCUGGAUCAGGACAGGCAGAGGGAGAAGGAGGAGGACACGAUGCUGACCGCUGUGAUCCAGAGGAUGGAGUUCCUGACGCAGACGGACAAACAGCUGGACAAAUGCAGCAGGAGCUUUAAACGCUUUCAGAUGUUCAAGAAAUCCAGCUGUAAGACUGAAAACACCAGCAGAAGAAAGAAGAAAAACAGCUGAACAACAGAAAGAGCCUGUUCAUUAAAUAAUGUCCAAAAUAGAAAAUAAACACAGCCAUCAGGACAAACUGAACUGUGUAUUUUGAGCUGUAUAUAUAUAUAUAUAUAUAUAUAGUUUAUAAGCGUGUAGAAUGGCCACAUCUUAACAGUAUUUAUCAUUUAUAUCUACC